CAAGCAAACAUAUUAAUCAUUUUGAUUAGUCAUUUUUAAUUUUAAAAGAUGUAAUUAUGACAAAUUAGAUUCAACUGUGUAUUAUAGUAAAAUAAAAAUUGUCACGUUAGCUACAGUUAAGUUUUUUCUACUAUAACCGUUUUGGGUAUAGAUAGAAACAUCCCAUUGAUAUAAACUGUCGAGAUGGCCCAGUGAUCUCGUUCAAGAGUAAUACUCGGACGGAAUUGCUCCAAUCCCGGUAUACGAGUAAAAGACUACAGCUACCACCCCGACUUCAAACAGACUACAUACAGCACACCAGCUCUGAUACAACUUGAAACGAAUUACUUAAUGACAUAUUUGCACCCGAUAUGUGCGCCGCCGAGAGUGCUGGUGAAACCGCUUUUCUACGUUAUGACGAUCGAUGACUGCAAGCGUUCCGCUAUAAAAAUACACAAAAUGGCUUACGUAGAUCCUGAACGAUGCAAAACCUUCUACAGGAAAUCGGAGUUGGAUGUAGAAAAAAUGUGGCCUAUACACACGGUAUGUGCGAAAGCAUUGACAGGCACUGAAUGUAUUUGGCGUAGCGGAGCCUUGCUGGCUCUGAGACAGAAUAAUAAAUGGAGCUUGAUAGGUUUUGGAAUCUAUGGCCCAGGCUGUAAAGCGCCUUCUAGGUUUCUGGACUAUUCACAAUAUAGACCCUGGGUACGAAAUAGUAUUGCUGGAAUUGGAAGACCAACAAUAUCAAGGAUAUCUAAUAAUCAUAUUGUUCUACGAAGAAGUCUUGCAAAUGUCCAGAGAUAUGGACCCUGUGAUUUUGAAGAAGUGAGAGCUGAGCUAUUUACUGAUCGCACUAGGAUUGAACGAGGACCAAGUAACAUGAGGCAACGGGUUAGAUACAAUUUCACAAUCUUCUCCAACUAUGAGUAUUCAUGUGUAGUCUUUCGAGUGUUCAAUUACAACAGACCAAAAUGGUUAAAAGACAAACCCACUAUUUAUAUCAAACGUUGGUGCCAAUCGCCAAAACCAAUUUGCUACACGUUUCAAUUCCUCCAAAUAGAUUUUGCAGUGGAUAUAUUAUUUAAGGAUUCCGUGAUGUACCAAGUGCUGGCAUACGGCAGGGAAGUGAAACUUAUUGACAUGAAAAAAGUUAUGGUUCGAGUAAAUGAAAAAAAACCGUUUCCUACUGUGUACAUGGGGUCAGACUAA